GCUACUUGGCAUGAAUGCCUGGGCUGUACCAAAUCUCCCAGCGUCCAGAGGGGGAGUCACAAGGAGCUCAGAUCAGAACACAGGCAGACAAUAGGCCCCUAAAGUGUCCCCCCUAAAGUUGCUUUGAUGUUGUCCUAGUGUCUCCAGCACACUAAGGGCCAGGGAUUGCAAGCACACCGGUGUCUGUGGUGCCCACUGAGUACCCUCUGCCCUCCUGCACUGUCACAGAUGCCUCUGCAGCAGCUCUUGUGCUGAGGAGAGAAGGAGACAUAGAAGACUUUGGUUAGAAAAUAAAACCUGGAUAUAACGGACAAUGACUCCUGUUUUCAUGUGCUGAAAGGACUGAAGAGCUGUGAUUGGUAAUUGAGCUUCCGUUGCAAGGGUCCUCACUGACUAUCCUCCAGGAUGAGCACUGCUGUAUCGUGACCCCAGGGGCCCUGUGUGCCCUGGCGAUGUACAGCAUUUCCCUCUGCAGCGAGAGCCACAUGUCCGAAGAAUGCUGGAAUUGCAGGAGGGGAGAACCCACUUCAAACAGAGAGAGCGAAACAAAAAGGAGAAGGCCGAGCAAAAGGACAACGCUGACAAAAGCGCCCCGCAGAAAGCUCCUGUGAAGACCCCCAGCCCUCCAAAGAACUCUGCAAGCCCCAACGCGUCUGUGACUGUGAGCGCGGGAUCUCUGUCAAUGCAUUCCAGUAACCCCAAAGUGCGAAACUCCCCAUCAGGAAACACACAGAGCAGCCCAAAAGCGAAGCCAGAGGUUAUGGUACACCCUCCUUCCGUCAUGUCUCCUUCUGGCAACCCCCAGCUGGAUGCGAAGUUCUCCAGCCAGGGGAAACAGGGAAGCUCCGCAAGUCAGUCCCAGCCGUCUCCUUGUGACCCAAAGAGUGGCAACCACACCCCCAAACCACUGCAAGGUCCCGGGGGCAGCGCGGGGCUUAAGAAUGGGGCUGGCAACGGAGCCAAAGGGAAAGGCAAAAGGGAAAGGAGUAUUUCUGCUGAAUCGUUUGACCAGAGAGAUCCAGGAACCCCCACUACAGACUCUGAAAUUAAAGACAGCAACACUACAGAUCCAGCGAUGCCCUUGGAAUGCCACGCCCCCCACCCUAUGCCGCCCUCCAAUACCUCCGUUCCCAGGUCUUCCACUCCUUCCCUUGGGCCGACCAUGCUGGAUUCCGCACCUGGAAGGAAAACGCCGACCAAAGUGGUCUAUGUCUUUUCUACUGAGAUGGCCAAUAAAGCUGCAGAAGCCGUUUUGAAGGGGCAAGCCGAAUCCAUUGUCCUCUUCCACAUACAGAGCACCUCAAACAGCAAAGCUGAACGCACUUCAACUCCUACGAAUACUCCAAUAUCUACAAACAUUCGGAAUGAACCUAAAGCAGCCCCACGAGCGCCUACGCCGCAGGAGCAAAACCAUUCACAAGCCGCCAAAGUGCAAUCAAAUCCGCCUGGUCCAGCACUGCCUUCCAAGCCUGCAGCUUCUCAUUGUUCACUCGCACAAGACAGUGGGGUGGUGGAGAGCAAAAUUGCAGCCAACAGCCCCGCCAACCCAAGUGUACUACAGACGGAAGGAUGCCGGCAAAGCUCCACCCCCAACAAUCAAGCUGCCAGCCCAAUGUCUCAAGGGAACGUUGCCCCUCCUGUAGACUCUAAAGCCGAAUCUAAAAGUUCUUCGCAGCAGGUACCAAGCGGAGAUCAAACCUCUUUAGGAGACAAUCCUGACGGACUUUCUCAAGAACAGUUGGAGCAUCGAGAGAGGUCUUUACAAACCCUUCGAGAUAUUCAACGCAUGCUUUUCCCUGACGAGAAAGAGUUUGCCAUAAAAGACAUCACAGGCCAAAGUGUGGGACCUCAACAAAACUCUGGAAUGCUGGACAAUCCUCAGAAAAAACUUGAAGGGCCAAUACAGGCAAUGAUGGCUCAAUCACAAAACUUGGGCAAGGGCCCCGGGCCUCAUCCAGAUGGAGGUAUGCCAUUUGGGCCACAAGGACAUAGGGACAUGCCUUUUUCACCAGAGGAUAUGGUGCCUCCGCCAAUGAAUCCUCAGCCUGGCCAAGACCACCUGGACCAUAUGACCCCGGAACAGGUGGCUUGGCUAAAACUCCAACAAGAGUUCUACGAGGAGAAGCGGCGUAAGCAGGAACAGGCUGUAGUGCAGCAGAGGUCAUUGCAAGAUAUGAUGGUACACCAGCAUGGGCCCAGAGGAAUGGUCAGAGGUCCCCCACCUCCUUAUCAAAUGAACCCUGGGGAAAGUUGGGGUCCGGGAGGACCAGAGCCUUUUCCAGAUGGAAUAGGAAUGCCGCAUCCCAUGCCACCAAAAGGUAUGCCCCCUCACCCAAAUGUGCCUGGAAGCCAAAUGCAGCGAUUACCUGGAUUUGUUGGCAUGAUGAACCCCGAUAUGGAAGGACCUAAUAUUCCAAAUCCUGCAUCCAGGCCUGGUGUUAAUUGGCCGGACGAGGUGCCAAAAAUCCCAGACGGACGUAAUUUCCCCCCCGGGCAGAGCAUAUUCAGCGGCCCGGGACGAGGCGAGAGGUUCUCUAAUCCUCAAGGUUUGCCGGAUGAGAUUUUUCAUCAGCAUGUUUCGGAAAAGCAGCUUGGCAUGCCCCCUGGGAUGACCAUGGAGGGUAUUCGACCAGUUAUGGAAAUGAACAGAGGCAUGCCCCCUCAGAGGAAUAUGGAGCCGGGUAGUGGUAUGUUCCCCCGUAUGCCCGGCGAUGCAGCACUGAGCCCGUCAAGGAUGGAAUUCUCCAAGGGGAUGCCUCUCAACAUGGGCCCAAAUAGAGAGGUAGAGUUUGGCAUGGGCCCCGGCAAUAUGAACAUGAAGGUGGACAUGAAUCUGAAUGUUAAUAUGAAUUCUAACCAGCAGUUAAUGCCUCAAAAGAUGAGAGAGAUGAGAGAUGUUAUGGCAUCUGAGGAGAUGCUUAAAAUGAGGCCGGGCAGCAACGAAAUGCUCUCUAACCAGCAAAAAAUGCAUUCUGCACCGUUCGAACACUCCCAGGAUUAUGGCAUGAGCUCCCGGCCUUAUCUCAAUAUGUCCCAGGCUACUGGAGGAGUACUAAGGCAUGCCAGAGAACAGAUGGGGCCUGAUCAAAGGACUAACAGCAGACUCAGCCACAUGCCACCUCUACCUCUUAACCCAAACAAUAACCCAGGCAACCUCAAUGUUGCACCUCCCGGGCAACGCAGCCUGGGACGCAAACCUUUGGAUAACGUUUCUGUAUCUGGCGGUCAAGUGAACUCUCCCGGUGUAAACCCUUUAAAAUCCCCAACUAUGCGCCAGGUCCAAUCUCCGAUGCUGGGCUCCCCCUCUGGUAAUCUUAAAUCCCCCCAAACGCCGUCUCAGUUAGCCGGGAUGUUGACAGGACCAACGGCCGCGGCUGCUGCUUCCAUUAAGUCCCCGCCGGUCAUGGGGUCUGCCGCUGCUUCCCCUGUCCACCUGAAGUCUCCGUCCUUACCUGUACCUUCCCCAGGUUGGACGUCUUCUCCUAAGCCUCCGAUGCAGAGUCCGGGAAUACCCCCAAACCAGCACAAGCCUCCUCUUGGCAUGUCUUCACCAGCCAUGAUGGGGAAUAUGGAAUCGGGAGGCCCCCCUCCAUUAGUCAGCCAGUCUGCUUCUAUAAAUCACCCCGGAAGUCUUCCCUCCAGCACUAGCUACACGAUGGCACCCGAGCCCACCCUCUCCCAGAACCCUCUCUCCAUUAUGAUGUCUAGGAUGUCCAAGUUUGCCAUGCCCAGCUCAACACCUCUGUACCACGAUGCCAUCAAGACAGUGGCUAGUUCAGAUGACGAUUCCCCUCCUGCCCGCUCGCCCAAUCUCCCGUCUAUGAAUCCUAUGCCAGGUAUGGGCAUGAAUCCCCAGAAUUCUAAGAUGUCUGGUCCUCACGGCGGUGUUUCCAUGCCAACGCUGAGCCCAAUGGGUAUGACGCAGCCGCUUUCCCAUGGUGGACAGAUGCCCUCUCCAAAUGCCAUGCCACCCAAUGUACCACCGCACGGAGGCCCUAUGGGAGCAGGGAUGAUGGCACAUAAUGCUAUGAUGGCGCAUGGUUCCCAGGAACCCUCUAUGGUGCCUCAGGGACGCAUGGCUUUCGCCCAAGGCUUUCCUCCAGUUCAGUCACCUCCGCAAGUUCCCUUUCCACACAACGGCCCUAACGGGGGACAGGGAAACUUCCCGCCUGGAAUGGGCUACCCGGGUGAAGGACAUUUAGGUCGUCCUGGCAACCUGCCCCCAAAUGCAGACCCAGCACUUUGUAAGUCAGGAUGUCCAACAGGGCCGGAUUCCUUUGUUGUUAUGGGAAAUAAUAUGCCUUCAGUUUUUACUGACCCGGACCUACAGGAAGUCAUUAGACCAGGGGCAUCUGGAAUCCCUGAGUUUGACCUGUCAAGGAUUAUUCCAUCUGAAAAACCCAGUCAAACACUGCAGUAUUUCCCUCGUGGGGAAGUUCCAGGCAGAAAGCCGCAGCAAGGACCAGGUUUUUCACACUUGCCUGGUAUGAUGGGGGAGCCAAACCCAAGAAUGGGUAUUCCUAUGGGUGGCAUGGGGGGUCCUGGCCCGGUGGAUAUGCCUGGCCACAAUUCUAUGAGGCCUCCAAGUUUUAUGCAGCAAGGCAUGAUUGGACCUCAUCAUCGCAUGAUGUCACCAGCACAAUCAGGAAUGCCUGGCCAACUGACUAUGAUGGGAAAUCCGGGAGGGGUGGGCAUGAUGGGAAAAGAAAGGAUGCCUGGAGUACUUUACAGUCACCCAGGUAGCGUGGGAUCUCCGAAUAUGUUGAUGUCAAUGCAGGGGAUGAUGGGACCUCAACAAAACCUCAUGAUUCCCCCACAGAUGCGCCCCCGAGGAAUGCCUACUGAUGUUGGGAUGGGUGGGUUCAGCCAAGGACCUGGCAACCCGGGGAACAUGAUGUUUUAAGCUGCUACAAACAAAAACAUAUUAGAACUUGUAGACGUGAGAUUAUCUCCUGAGAAACCUUAACAUAUAAGGAGUCCCAUUUGGCCAUGCAAUAGGAGAAAAAGGACCCAAAUGUCAAUUUGGUGGAAACUCUAGAAUGUAAGAAACUAUCUGAGCAUUGCUUUCAUUUAUUCAAGGUGGGUUUUUUUUUUUGUUUUGUUUUUUUUCUUUGUUUUUUCUUUAAAUCUUUUUUUUAAGAUUUAUUUUUAAAAAAAAUAUUUUUGUGGACUUGGGUAUCCCGUGAUGGCACCUGCUUUUGGGGAGAGGGAGGGGGAUAAAAAAAAACUAAAAAAAAAGAUUCUGUAGCUGUUUUUUGAGAACCGCCAUUUGUCAUGAGUUGCACCAUCCUGUCUGUUUACGUCGUUGGAUUGGCUUCUUAAAGACACCCGGUUUAUCCUUUCUUUGUGUACUGUAAAAUAUUGUAAAAGGGAUUUUUUAGCAGAGACUCUGGUCUUUGUGUGUGUGUGCGAGGAAAUUGAUUCAGUGCUGUUUACUUUCGGUGGAUAAAAACCACCCUUCAAUAUCUUGUUACUUUUUUUUUUUUUUUUUUUUUCCUCCUUUUAACUCCAGUGUAUAGUAAACCAAACUAAGACCUCAUACAGAAAGAGUAUUAUUAAAAAAAAAAAAAAAGCACAAAAAUGAACUAUUAAGUCCAGUUAGGUGAUCUCCUUUCUUUAAAAAAAUAAAAAGUUUUAAAAAAUGUAAAAAAACAAAAAAUACAAAACUAAAUUCAGUCUAUGGAGAGCAAAUACAACGUAUGUUUAUUUUUUUUUCUCCUUUUUUUUUUCUUUCUUUUCUGUCCGUUUUUUUUUUUUUUUUUUGCUUCCUCCAAAUCUCAUUCUUUGUUGCUUAAUGUCCUUUUUAAUCGUUCUGCGCAAUGUGUAUUUUAUUUUUAUUUUCUUGUAUUUGGAGGGAGGCUAAAUUUAGAAGAGACUGACGUUGUAUUUCAAUAGCGCUUUCUCAUGCUUUUCUGAAGAAGCCAGACUUUAUGCUGUUACAUACAUGUACAGUGAGAUCAUAUGCAGUAAUCUAUAGUCAUCCUGUCUCGGAGCAAUCCCCAGUAAUUCAUAUUUUGUGCCGGUUAUUUUUUCACUCUUCCUCUUGUCCCCUUUACCCCAGCGUUAAACAUUCUGUGUAAUCUCCAUUAAAUUUGGUACAAAACCACUUGCCAGGGCUGUGGUGUCGGAAAAAAAUAAAAUAUAUUUCUUACAAA